GGCGUGGUCAGACUCAGGAAAGCAGUGGAAACGCGAUGAACGUUGCACCGGUGUACAGCAACCCCUGACAGAAGAACAGAGGAUGCAUCAUAGCUACUAUUUUACUCUGGAAACCAACUUCACUAUCUUAUUUUGGUGCUGAUUUAUUUUUUAUUUUUUAAAUAAUAAUAAUAGAAUUGGGAGUUUGGAAGAGUCGAUAGGAUAUAUAUUCUCUACAUUUUGCCUGGUCCCGUUGUUGAGCGGAUCCUAGCCUACCACAAGACAAGCCAACAGACAACGUUGUUGUGUGAUGAACGCGCCCUUGUCUUGAACCUGGGGCCUCUUUGAAACUGUCACGCGGAUCAACGCCUUGUGAAUGGGAUGCUUUUCACGGAGUUAACCUUUGACCUUUUGGAUCGUUCACUGCGGCACAGCAAACUUGAUGUAACCCCUGUUAUGUUGCCACAACAUCUAAAUUCCAAGGGGGUUUGAUUGAGCCACCCUGGAACUGAAGACAUGUGUUAUUGUAUCUGGGGACUGCAAUGAGUGUGACACGGAUCUACCUUGAAGACUUCCCAAAGAGAGAGAUCUGCCCUUCUGGGAUCCUGACUGACUGACUGUGUGUCUGUGUGACAGACUCUGAGUAUCUGAGGUGUGUGAUCUCCACCAGCAACCAUGCCCAUCCUAAAGCAGCUGGUAUCUGGUUCGUCCCAGACCAAACAGCGCCGCUCCCGUAUGGACCUGACCCGGGAGAUGAUCAGCGCUCCCCUGGGGGACUUCCGCCACACCAUGCACGUGGGUCGCAGCGGGGACGCCUUCGGGGACACCUCUUUCCUCUCCACCCACUCCGGGGAGGCCCCCCACCAGGCCGAACCCCAGGCCCAUCCCCACUCCCCCCGCCCAGGGCUUUUAUCCAGAACCUUCCGCAGCAGCAAACGCUCCCAGUCCGUCACCAGAGUGGACCAGAGAGACUGCUCGCUAGCGCCACCCAGUGGCUCGCCCACCUUCGUGAAGAACGCCAUGUCUCUCCCCUUCCUCAAUGAUGAAAACGGUGACCAUGUUGAUGGAGGAUACAGGGUGCCUAAGAGCCUCUCGUCCAGCCCACUGAAACAACUGAAUGAGCAGGAUGGAGGUGGAGGUACCAGGCCGUCUAAUGGGGCCGCUGCUGGGGCCCGAUCUCUGGAGCUGGAUGAGAGGAGCUUUGGGGAGCUGACUGACCUGCCAAGCCCCAGCCGCGGGUACUACGGAGGAGGGAUGAAGCACGCGGUGUCGGUCAUGUCGUUCCACAUCGACCUGGGGCCCUCCAUGUUGGGGGACAUCCUGGGGGUGAUGGAGAAGGAGGAUGAUGAUCUGGGAUACGAGGAGGGGAAGAGCAGUGAGGGACGGGCCUCUCCUACACUACUCCUGGGAAGGGAGGUGGGAGGAGAGGAGGAGGGAGAAGAAGAGGAACCGGAAGCUGAGCUACUGCAGCUGCAGGAGGAGGCGGUCCCUGUACCUGCGAGUCCAACCAGCUCUGUAGAACCUGAGGUGGGAGAGGACGAGGGUGCACCCUACACCCCAGAGUACACCCCAGAGCCCCGCCCUAAACACCUGCAGCACCGAUUAGAUACCUGUUCUGUGUCCAGCUCCGCCUCUGGCUCCGCCCACGUGGAGCAGGAGAAACCUGCCGGACAGCUCCACGGAGGAGAUACGAACAGUGCCACUUUCAGUGCACCACCUGAGGAAGAGGAGCUGGGGAAGUUUUCUUCCUUCUUGGAGGACGAGGAUGAUGAGAUCCGUGUAUGAAACGAGACGUACAAGCUCAAACCAUAUAUGGAGCGGAUGAGUGUGGAUUAAUACAGAUGGAUAGAUUCUAUACUGAGUGGAUAUGGAUGAGUACAGAUGGAUAUGGAUGAGUACAGAUGGAUAUGGAUGAGUACAGAUGGAUAUGGAUGAGUACAGAUGGAUAGAUUCUAUACUGAGUGGAUAUGGAUGAGUACAGAUGGAUAUGGAUGAGUACAGAUGGAUAGAUUCUAUACUGAGUGGAUAUGGAUGAGUACAGAUGGAUAUGGAUGAGUACAGAUGGAUAGAUUCUAUACUGAAUGGAUAUGGAUGAGUACAGAUGGAUGAAUUCAGUACUGUAUAAAGUCAGCUUUAUAAAGCCCCACAUCACAACAGAGACGUAUAGACUGGAUGGCUAGAAGAAGAAACUGCUCCCUCUGUCCUUCCUGUGAGAAUACAAACAUCUGGACUUAGUCAUGUGGACUGGGAUCUGUGGACUGGGAUCUGUAGACUGGGAUAUGUUGACUGGGAUCCUGCUUCAGGGAGAAAGGGAUCCUUCUGGAUGAAUAGAAACUCCAUCUGUUACAUACAGAACAGCUUGCUAACUUCUCCCUCACACACACCACAUUACAGCUACUGUCUGUCUGUCUGUACACUGAGAGAAGUCACAUGGAAGAGCAGUCCAAGUGUGUGAACUCGUGAAUUUAGGAGAGACCCUUAUAACAUGUUGAUAAACAUGACUUUAUUAAGCCUCUGUCCAGUGCUAUUCAUUCCCUUUACUUGUGUCAUAAUGAUAAUAAUAAGGGCUUUUCUUCCUUAAUAAUCUGUGCCAUUUCAUAUGAUGUAGCUCCUCUCUGUCUCUGCCUGUUAAGUGGAACUGUGUUGGUGUAAUCAAGUAGUCUGGCCGGAACAGAGAUCUACUGUUACCGCGGUGAUGGGGACCUGGCUGCCACAAUAAAAGGCUUGUGUUGUGUGUAUCACUC